AUUCAACCUUUUUAAUUUUACUACAGCCAUUUUGCUCGUUGGUAUUGUAUUCUUAAGUUACGUGUAAAUGUGUAUUUGUCAAGUCUACAAAUAAAACCCUUGCCCCACAGAGGGAGGUUCCGUAUGUACCAACACUCGUAAAACCUGUUAGGUGGCUGCAUGUUCAAACAAACAAAGGUCCUUUAUGUCGUAGACUAAAAUAAAGGACACUUUUUAAUCUGAAAAAGACUGAUGACCUGAUUUAACUGCACUGUAGUGCUGCUCAGGAUAUGAUGCAACAUGCUUUCGUCGGACAACCAAGAAUGUCAAAGACAAACUGCAUGCGUCAUUUCUUUUAUUGUUCUUUUGGUGGGACUGCUGAUGUUUGUCGUUAUAUAUCUGACACUCAGCUGGCAGGAUAUUGUUGGAGAGGAUGUUACCUAUGACCUGAACGAAGACAUGUAUGACGACUGCCAGACCAAAGCUACGGUUGUGACUAAUGAAGCCAUAAUGCAGAAAUGGAACACCAGCAGAAACUUCACUACAACCUGGAGCAACACAGAGCAAAAACCUAGAGAGCCAGCACACAAGUAUAUGGAAAAACAUCUUUCAACAGCCAUUUACAUAUACACAAAAGCUAUGAUGCAACCUUUUAAGUCAUACCUUGAUACUAAAGUAAUACCUGGAAAACAAAAAAAAACAUUAGGGCCAGAUUCCCUUUAUUUUUCCUUGAGCAAAGCCAUUCAAAUUCUGAAGCACAGCCAGGUGACAUGUCUCUGGACAAAUUACCGAACCGAGACACUUUUGAAUCUGAACAUCUCUAACAAACUGAUUCGCUUCAGCACCUUCAUAUUGGGUACUGACGGAUGGAAAUUUACAAAGAAUGCUUCAUGUUUUGAAGUAUACACAUGUUUUGGUGCUGACAUAACACACUACUCAGCAUUACAGCUACACAGCCAGGUGCUGAUUCCUCCCUAUGAGGUUUUCAAAGUCACAGACAUAGACAUGAACACACAGAGGUGUGAAGUCCUAUACAGACUGAAGAGCAACCUAAAUUGUGUUUAUGAUAUAGAAAGCAAUAUGUUGCAUCCAAUAUCUGCAUUACCUGCAUGGCUAAUCUUUGUCGUUGCCUGUGUAAUUAUUGUAUCUCUUUUGCUACCCUUAGUCAUUGUGAAGGUGUUAGAAAAUCAUAAGAAAACUGCUGUUUACAGAGCCCCAUUUCUACAUGACAACACCUACUACAAGGCUGGAGUUGUCAUGUAAAAGGCAAGGUUUCAUUUCAGAUGAAGAUGAUCCUAUUACCUUUACAGUUGGCAACCAUGACAUUAAUAAGCCUAAAUGUCCAUGUUUUAAAACUUCAUGUAUAAGUAAAUAUUGUUAGCAUAGUAUUGCAAUGUACACAUUUAUUAAACCUUUUUAAUGACAUAA